AAAACCUCCCUUUUCCCUCCAUAGAAACCCUAGAAGCAGCAGAAGCUCUCUACACUCUACUCGCUCUCUAGGCUAACCGAAAUACUCACACAGAGAUGCCGCGUGGUGGUGGUAACUACUAUAACUUCACGAAGAUCAGGGACGCCAUUGAUUCCGUCGGCGCCAAGGUCAACGUUAUCGGCGUCGUCCUCGAGUGCGGCUUCCCCCGCCGAUCCAGAGGCACCGAUUGGUUUGUUUCGGUGCGUAUAAUCGACGAGACGCAUCAGGAUCCCGGGUUGUCAGUUAACAUUUUUACAGAUAGGAAUGAAUGUCCUCGCAUUUUGUCUGUUGGAGACAUAAUUCAGUUCCAACGCCUCAUGAUCAAACGUCAUGUAGAUAAAAUAAAUGCUGUUUUUUCCAAGAAGUUCUCUACCUUUGCUAUUUAUUACGGAAGUGAUGCUAGAAGUUUAAGUCCUUAUCAUGCUUCCAAAUCAUUUCGCGAGAGGGACCAUGACAAGAACUUUUUGAUAGACUUGAGAAGAUGGUUGAAGAAUUUCCAUUUUCACGAAGGUAUACUUAAAAGUACUUUGUUUCAGAUAGCGACACAACGGCAUUUAAUUAUGUGUGCAAAUUAUUUCUCAUCCAUCAGAGAAAUGAAAGGAGGUGAAGAUUUUCAUUUGGUUUGUAAAAUAAUUCAUAUCCACGAGGGUGCUGGAAAUGAAUGGAUGGCCUUUGUUUGGGAUGGAACCGAUGCUCCACCAGCUAAUAUUCUUCAAAAGUUAGAAGAUGAAACGAAGCACCCACUUCCCCUACAUCUAGAACCAUUUCCUUUGCCACACGAUACCUUAUGCAGCUUUCCUGCAGUUGGAACUGUCUUAAGAGUGAUAUCUCAGGACCUUGAGAAUGACAACCUUCGCCUGCUAAAAACUGGGGAGUGGGUGAAGCUUGUAAAUUUGCUAUGUGAGGUGCAUGCAGGAUUAUGGCGUUGCGUUUUGACACCCUUUACGAAGCUUCGAUAUACACCAAAAGAGGACCGUCUCAAACUUGAGCGGAAAAGGUUAUUUAAUGAACGAUUAGCCCAAAGUCCAGAAAAUUUAAUGCAGAUGCCAUUUGGGGGCUUUCCGUCACCUCAAGUCACAGAGGUUGAUGAUAGUGACGACGACCAUGCAAUAUUUCUUACCUUAAUGGAUGUUGUCGCAAGUUCAGAGCUUCCAGCUAGAUUCAAGUGUGUAGUUCGAGUCAUAGCAGCUUCCCCGUGGCAGGCUGCGGACUUCCUCUUUCCUGCUGGGAUUGACAGAAUUAGGCUGACCCUGGAGGACUCGACCGCUAGAAUUCAUGCUUUUUUGUGUGCAGAAGAUGGGGUGAAGUUUUUCGAUGGCGAGUCCUCCGUCGAGGCAUUGGAGGUCAAACGCAAUUCGUUGUUAGGAGUGAGAGUAAACAACGAUGGGGUGCAAGACGACCCUCGUAGAAAUCCCCCUUGGGUACAAGUUUGGCUAAAAUCUGAAACUGACCAACAAGGAAAUCUACACUACCGGAUUUUCGGCACCAAAGUGGUGGUGACCUGAAUCGCUAAACCGCUCUCAUAGUUGGAGACGCAUGCUGGAAGCAGCUUUUGGGAACUUUUGUAUAUUCUGUCAAGCAGCUUUUGUAUAUGAUGCAGCUCGGUGUAUGUUUUCGUGUAUAUUAAUAUAUCACCGCACAUUUCACAGUU